AUGUCCGAUUAUUUUACGGAGAUGGGCUGGACGCCUCUAGGUGACGGAGAAACGCCGAACCACCUGAUUCAAAUGGCACGGUUCCUGCGGGAUUUGGGCAUGUGGGAAUUGGUUGGAGAAACGGAACUUCCACCGCCAGCGUCGAAGGACGCGGUAGCUAAUUUACCGGAAAUUAAGAUUGAAUCCGGUGAAACUAAGCAAUGUCCGGUUUGCCUGAAGGAAUUCGAGACAGACAGUAAAGCAAAGUCAAUGCCUUGUCGUCAUAUGUUUCAUCAAGAGUGUAUCUUACCGUGGUUAGAAAAGACUAAUUCAUGUCCACUUUGCCGAUACGAAUUACCAACAGACGAUGAAGACUAUGAAAUGUAUAGGAAAGAGAAACAACGAGCGGUAGAAAGAGAAAAGGAUUUGAAAUCAUUACAUAAUUCUAUGUUUACGUAA